AUGGCUGACCUCGCUGAUUUCUUCGCAAAGAAAGAUAAGAAAAAGACUAAGCCGAAGAAGUUUGUCCCUGAAGACAUGGGUAAAAAGCUUGAAGAGGCUGAAAAGAAACAACAGGAAAGGGAGCGCCGGGAGGAGCUCAAACGAGAACAUCUGCGGGAGGAGCAGCUGGAAAUAGAUGACCCCAAUCACAAAAAGGAGCCGGCCGACGAGUGGCAGGACGAGGAGGAGGCGACGGUGGACCUGUCCGACCUCAACAUCCAGCAGCUGGAGCAGCCGGAGGCGGGCAGGGCCGAGGGCGAGGUGGGCCCGCUCGACGCCGAUGGCAACCCCACCGGCGCCCAGGGCAGCGCCUGGGGCUGGCAGAAGACAGGUGACUGGCGGCGGCGCCUGCACGCAGGGAGAGUGGAAGCGUGCAGCCGCGAGCCGGGCAGGCCAGGGACCAGUCACCGGAGGAGCGCGAGCCGGAGCCAGUGA